AUGAUUAAUAAUAACAUUAAAAAUCUCUACUCUCAAAUUUUGUUAGGAGAAACUAAUGAUCCAACAACAAUUGAUCUAAUUUUCAAUUAUUUUAAUUCAAAUCCAAAUUAUUAUUUUGAAAAAUAUUACUUGCCAGAAAAACAAGGUGCUACAGGUGCAAAAAACUUGGACAUAUUGCAAAAUAUUGAGGAAAUUUUUUUAAAAACUAAAUUAACUGCAAUUUAUGAUUCAGAUGAUUCACAUUCGAUCCAUUCUGUUCCUUAUGACUUUGACAUUUAUGAUGAUUAA